UUCAGUUGACGCCCGGAUUUGAGCUCUUUAAACUCGCUGCGGUUUCCUCCGAGGUUUGGAAGGACUCGAAUCGAAGAGCGGAAACAGCAUCGGCGGCGGCGGAGUCAAUCGAACGGUGGCAGAGACUAAGAAAUCCGUUGACCGAUGGAUCGAGAGAUUGGUUCGGCUCCUGAUGAGCAGAGGGUCUGACAUCUUUGAUCUCGCCGCAAAUCUCUUAUGCUUUAAUCUAUCAUCUCUUUAUGUUGUAUUUGAUACCUUUAGCUGCAUGUGAUGAUGAUCUUUACUAUAGAAAGCGAAUAACUCGGUGAAAUUUGGGCUUGCAAAGGUUAAGCUGUUAGGAUGCUUUCAACUUAGUGAUUUGUUCUUGGGAUCAUUAGACGGUAGGUAUGAUCCUCGAUGGUGUUUGGGAACUUCGAUAGGAAUAUAGAUGCGAAAUGUAUUAGUGCACAAAUUUUGAUUCGUUGUCGUGGGCGGAUUAAUAAAAUCGUAGCUAGAGAGGGUAAUUAGUUUGUUUGUAGAGUGUUUUGUGGCUAUAGUGCUUGUUUUGGUACUCCGGUCGCCGUUUGAAUACCCAAUCGAAGGAGAAGAAAGGGUAUUUGGUGGCGGUGUUUCUCUUGUAUGAAAUUUCUCACUGCCAUGGUCAGUGUCUUUCCAAGACUUCAGAAUACUGGACACUUGUGGAGUCUUACUUGUGUUUUCCUAGUGAGAAGAUUGUGGUGUUAAAUAAUUGUCUUGCGCGACAUUAGUUUGGACAAAUUUUCUGCUGCUAGAGUUUGGCAAGAACCUAUCCAGAUAUAAGAAAAUUUUCACUUUAUCAGAUGAAAAGAUUUGGUCUUGCUUUCAUAGAAAGUGAUCGUUGUAGGGCUUGUUCAUUUGCCAGUCACAGGUUGUUUUAAAUAGGGAUACUUGGACGGCAUGUUUGGUUGUGUGUUAUCAGAUUGAGUGACAAAUAAUUCCCCGGGCUCAGCCCCAUGGUAUCUCUGCUUGGAUCGAUUGUCAACCAUUUUUCCCUUUUACAGGUUUCUUGGAGGAGCAACUGCAAACACCUUCUUCUUUUAGCAUAUCAGAGUCUUGGAGUAGUGUAUGGUGACUUGAGUACCUCUCCUAUUUAUGUAUAUACAAGCUCUUUUUCCGGAAGGCUGAGCCUUUAUCAAGAUGAGCAAACAGUAUUUGGUAUGUUUUCCUUGAUAUUCUGGACAUUCACUAUAAUCCCAUUGCUUAAGUACGUCAUCAUUGUCUUGGGUGCUGAUGAUAAUGGUGAAGGUGGAACGUUUGCUUUGUACUCUUUGCUCUGCAGACAUGCCAAGCUCAGUUUGCUCCCCAAUCAGCAAUCAGCUGAUGAGGAGCUCUCCACAUAUUAUAGGAAUGGAUACAUUUCUCAAAAUACUAUUCAUUCUCCACUAAAAAGGUUUUUAGAGAAGCACAAAAGGCUGAGAACAUGCUUACUUCUCAUAGUUCUAUUUGGUGCUUGCAUGGUGAUAGGAGAUGGGGUUCUUACCCCAGCAAUUUCUGUUCUAUCAUCAAUUUCUGGGUUGCGAGUGCGUGCCAAGGGAUUGCUUGAUGGUGAGGUGCUAGUCAUUUCUUGUGUUGUGCUGGUUGGCCUUUUUGCCUUGCAGCACAAAGGAACUCAGAGGGUAGCCUUCGUAUUUGCACCUGUUGUUAUCAUUUGGCUGUUAUGCAUUGCUGCAAUUGGCUUGUAUAAUACAAUCUAUUGGAAUCCCAGAAUAUUUCAUGCUCUUUCUCCACAUUACAUUGUCAAGUUCUUUGAGCACACUGGAAAAGAUGGAUGGAUUUCUCUCGGGGGAAUACUUCUUUCAAUUACAGGUACUGAAGCUAUGUUUGCAGAUCUUGGCCACUUUAAUGAAGCAUCCAUCAGGGUUGCAUUUAUCAGUGUCAUAUAUCCAUGUCUGAUACUGCAAUAUAUGGGGCAGGCAGCAUUUCUUUCUAAGAACAUAUCUGAUGUAUCUAUCAGCUUUUUUGGAUCUAUACCAGAACCUGUAUUUUGGCCUGUCUUUGUGAUCUCCACUCUUGCUGCUAUAGUUGCUAGCCAAUCUGUCAUCUCUGCCACCUUCUCCAUCGUGAAGCAAUGCCAUUCUUUGGGUUGCUUUCCACGUGUCAAAAUUGUCCAUACAUCAAGAUGGGUCAAUGGGCAGAUAUAUAUACCUGAAAUAAACUGGAUUCUUAUGGUUCUUUGUCUUGCGGUCACACUCGGCUUUCGUGACACAACCCUUAUAGGAAAUGCUUAUGGUAUAGCAAGCAUGACCGUGAUGUUUGUUACCACUUGGUUAAUGACACUAGUGGUCAUCUUUGUGUGGCAAAAGAACGUCAUAUCUGCCCUGUUAUUUCUCGUUUUCUUUGGGUUCAUUGAGGGUGCCUUCCUUUCGUCUUCGCUCAUCAAGGUUCCGCAAGGCGGAUGGGUGCCUUUCGUGCUUUCUUUCGUCUUCAUGGUGAUCAUGUACGUCUGGCACUAUGGUACUCGCAGCAAAUAUCUCUUUGACCUACAGAACAAGGUCUCCAUGAAAUGGAUCCUCACACUCGGCCCCAGUCUUGGGAUCGUUCGUGUCCCUGGAAUUGGGCUCGUUUACACAGAACUAGUUACUGGUGUUCCUGCUAUCUUCUCCCAUUUUGUGACUAACCUCCCUGCUUUCCACCAAGUUCUUGUCUUUGUCUGUGUGAAGUCAGUGCCAGUCCCUCAUGUUGCACCGGAUGAGCGGUUCCUCGUCGGACGGAUCGGUCCCCGAGCCUACAGAAUGUACAGAUGCAUCAUAAGAUAUGGGUACAAAGAUGUGCAGAAAGAUGAAGACAACUUUGAGAACCAACUGGUGUUGAGCAUUGCCAAGUUCAUCCAGAUGGAAUCAUCAUCCUCUGGGAGUUGUGACACUUCUCCGGAAGGAAGAAUGGCUGUCACACGAGCUAAUGAUACUUCUGGCACCAGCUUGGUGAUGAGGGAUGCUGAUGAGACUGAGGUUAACUGUAACUCUACUUUCACCAGGAGCAGCAAGUCUGAAACCCUACAAAGCUUGCAGUCAAUACAUGAACAGGAAUGGACCUCCGUCGGCAGUCCGCGGCGGCGAAUCCGGUUAGAGUUGUCCGAGGAGGAAAACAUGGAGUCCGAGGUAAAAGAGGAAUUGAUGGCAUUACUGGAAGCUAAGCAAGCAGGGGUCGCGUACAUAAUGGGCCAUUCUUAUGUGAAAGCCAGGAAGACAUCACCUUUCUUGAAGAAGGUUGCCAUUGAUGUUGCCUAUUCUUUCCUCCGUAAGAAUUGCAGGGGGCCUGCGGUGGCUUUGAACAUCCCUCACAUAAGCCUCAUCGAAGUGGGCAUGAUCUACUAUGUAUAGUAACUUCUCCAUUCUCAUGCAUGACAGGUAUGUUCUCAACGUAAAAUUAAGUGUUGUUUUCAUGCAACCUUUUAAGUAUCAAACGUUGAUUACAUAUUUCUGGGUUGAAUUGGUAUCCA